UGUCCUGCUGCCCUGUGAAACCACAGUUCAGCUGUCUGAAGACGUCACAGUGGAGUGGACGGAUGGAGACAACAGGAAGAUCCAUGUGUAUCAGAAGAACGGCUCUGACCAGCCUGAAGACAGGACGAUCGUUACAGAGGACGAACAGAGAUGAAGAGAAAGAGACCUGGAGACCUCAGUCUGACCCUGAAACACCCCACAGACAGAGACACAAACACCUACACCUGCACCGUCUACAGCAGGGAGGGAAAAGUCCUGAUGAAGAGACAAGUGGAGCUCCAGGUCAAAGAUCCAGCUUAUAUGGCAACUAUCUUCGAAGAUGGGAUCAUUGACGUGAAUGAUCAAAUGCCCAAAGUCCAUCAGGUGGAGGUGGAGGAGGGGGUGGAGUCUGUCCUCCUGCCCUUCGAGGUCACAGAUCACCUGCCUAAGGACGUCACAGUGGAGUGGAGACGGUUUAAACCCAGACCCACAAUCAUGGCUUACAUGUACGAGGACGGCUCUGGCCGGCAGGACCAACAGGACCCGUCUUACAGAGGACGCACAGAGAUGAAACAGGGAGACUUCAGUCUGAUCCUGAAAUCCCCCUCAGUCAGAGACGGAGGACGAUACAUCUGCAGAGUCUACAGCAAGGAGGGGGACAUCAGGAAAGAGACAACAGUUGAGCUAAGGGUCUCAGUCAGAGACGGAGGACGAUACAUCUGCAGAGUCUACAGCAAUGAGGGGAACAUCAGGAAAGAGACAACAGUUGAGCUAAGGGUCUCAGAGAGGAGCAACUCCACUGAUGAAACUCCUCUGAUGGCUGAUUAUGCUGUUUAAUCUGUGAUCGUCGAUCCGGUCUGUCUCUGGAUCAGAACAGGGAGGUGAAACAGCUGAUGGAGGACAGAUGAAGACAGGAGGACUCAUCUCAGUAUUGAUGAAAUGUAUUUUACUGCUCGAGCUUUGCUUCAUGUUAAACGCAUCAGCUGGUUCCUGUACACGUCGACCCGGUC